AUGCAAGGGUCGAGCAGUUGUCGCCUAAUUGUGCUUGACCACACCUUUCAUGACCGGGGGGGUUACAUGCACACAGCCACCACCACCUUCCUCGCCGCCGUUGCGAUGAGGCUGACUUUGGUUCUCAAUGGCAAUGACUUGCAACUGUUUCUCAGCUUUCUCUUCUUCCUUGUACCAUCGUUCAAGACAAUUUCUCACCACAAAAACAAGGCUCCCAACUACAUCUCUGAUAUCACAUCAUGCUACCGACGUCAGGCUAAAUUCGCGGCUUGGUACGAUGAACCUGAUGAAUCGAGCUCGUCCAUUGUGAAUCCUUUUGCCAAGUGGAGGCCCGCUACGAGGGCGAAUACCCUGGAGGCUUCGGGGGAGAAUGCUUCACCCCUCAGGAUCACACAGACAGACGAUCCGAGACACUAUCGAUCUUCCAGUGGACUGUCGCAUCAUGGCGACUGGUAUGGGGAAGGGCCAUCACAUGCUGACACUACGCCCACUGCGUACCACUCUCGAGCCGAGCACGAAAUUCCAAGGACAUCAAGUCCCGUAAACUACCAUUCAGAGCCCGAAAAGGAUCAGGAUGCCAAUCCAGAAAGUUCUGACCCUGCGCCUAGCCAAGAGACUGGCCUCAAGGAGCAAGAUGGGCGCACACGACCCUCUUCCACCACCAUCCAGCAAUCUGGUCUGAAAAGGUUGUUCGCAAAAGGAGAGGACGCACAAGAGAGCGACGACGACGAGGGCAAGAAGGACGCACAAAGAUUUUCCACAUGGUCACAAAUCCGCGCGACAGUGUUCAAUUCUUGGAUCAAUGUGCUCUUCGCUCUGGUACCGGUCGGCUUUGCGCUUAAUUAUGCCAAUGUGGAUGCGGCGGCCGUAUUUGCCAUCAACUUUGUCGCGAUUAUCCCGUCGACGCGGAUGAUAUCUUUCGCCGUGGAGGAGAUCACCUUCCGGCUGGGGGAAUUGCAAGGGGCAUUGCUCAGCAUAACAUUCAGCAAUGCCACGCAGUUGAUCUCGUCAAUCCUGCUCUUGAAGCACAAGCAAAUGACCAUCCCCAAGACGUCGCUCCUGGGAAGCAUCAUCUCGAACCUGCUCUUCAUGACCGGCUUGUGCUUCUUCUUUGGUGGCAUCAAUCGCAUCGAGCAGGCGUUCAACGUCACCGUCGCGCAGACGGUCAGCAUGAUGCUCCUACUCGCCGUCAUCAGUCUGGUCGUGCCCACGGCGUCACGGCUCAUGGUCUCUGGCGUGACGGACCACGACAUUGUGGUCCAGUCCCGGGGGACGUCGGUGAUCAUACUCAUCUCCUACGCCCUGUACCUCUUUUUCCAAUUGAGAACACACAGGCGCAUAUUCGACACGCCUUGCGAAAAGAAUGCCAGAAUCACCAAAAAGUUGACCCACGUGGUCGUGCCUGAAAGGUUUCGCAAGCGGAGCGGUGUUUCCGGCGGCCGACCGAUCGAGGACAUCUACGAGGACGAACAGGAGGAGGAGGAGGAGGAGGAGCAACCCUCAUUGUCCUUCAUCACCGCGUUCGUCACCCUGGUCGUCUCCACCGUCUUGGUCGCCUUCAACGCCGAGUUCGCCACGGGCAGCGUCCAGAAGAUGGUCCACCAGGCCGGGAUUUCACAGACGUUUGUCGGGUUCGUCAUUUUCCCCCUCCUCUCCAACGACCCGGAGUCCAUCUUCCUCGCCGUCAAGGACAAACUCUACCUCAGCAUAUCCCUCACCCUCGACAAGUGCAUGCAGGUCGCGCUGCUCAUCGUCCCCCUGCUGGUCAUGGUAGCGUGGGCCAUGGCCAACGAAGAGAUGACGCUCGACUUUGACGGGUUCCCCGUCGCCGUCUCCUUUGCUUCGGUCAUCGUCGUGGCCUACGUCGUCCAGGAGGGCAAGUCGAACUGGUUGACGGGCGCCCUGCUGAUCAAGGUUUAUGUGAUUGUCGCACUGGCCACGUACUGUAUCCAUUGA